AGGGAGAUCAAGAACUGGAAAAUGGAUCCUUGUGAAUGCUGCAAAACUGGAUUUUGCAACUGCGGUGGAUCCUGCAAGUGCUCCAACUACGCAUGCACCAGUUGUCAGAAAGCAAGUUGCUGCGACUGCUGUGCCUCCGGCUGCAGCAAGUGUGCCACAGGUUGGUGUGCAGGGGCAAGACCUGUGAUACCAGUUGGCCCAGUGUAUGAUUAUGACAUCACAAUGCAGCCCCUUCCCUAUGACUAUGACAUCACAAUGCAGUCCAUUCCCUAUGACAUCACCAUGCAGUCCUAUGACUAUGACAUCACAAUGCAGUCCAUUCCCUAUGACUAUGACAUCACCAUGCAGUCCAUUCCCUAUGACUAUGACAUCACAAUGCAGUCCAUUCCCUAUGACUAUGACAUCACAAUGCAGUCCAUUCCCUAUGACUAUGACAUCACAAUGCAGUCCAUUCCCUAUGACCAUGACAUCACAAUGCAGUCCAUUCCCUAUGACUAUGACAUCACCAUGCAGUCCAUUCCCUAUGACUAUGACAUCACAAUGCAGCCCCUUCCCUAUGACUAUGACAUCACCAUGCAGUCCAUUCCCUAUGACUAUGACAUCACAAUGCAGUCCAUUCCCUAUGACUAUGACAUCACAAUGCAGUCCAUUCCCUAUGACUAUGACAUCACAAUGCAGUCCAUUCCCUAUGACAUCACAAUGCAGUCCAUUCCCUAUGACUAUGACAUCACAAUGCAGUCCAUUCCCUAUGACUAUGACAUCACAAUGCAGUCCAUGAAUGCAGUCCAUGAAGUUGCUCAUCUGGUUGUACCAUCUUGA